GAGGAUACUCUUUAUGAUUCUUCCAUGUAUCACACUUCUUCGGUCACAGUAUGUCCUAAUGAUAUCUGGGACUCCGGUUCUAGAUUAUCUUCCUUGUAUCGUCCUCCUCUAAAUUUGCUUUUCAAUGGUUCGUUUGAAGAUGCUAAAUCAACUUCCUCUAGAGAAGAUUUAUGGUUACUUGUCAACCUCCAAUCCACGACAGAGUUUGCUUCUCACACACUUAACCGAGAUUUAUGGUCAAACAAUGUUGUUUCUCAUGCCAUCGAGUCCAGAUUCAUCUUAUGGCAGGUCUAUGAUCAUACCAACGAAGGAAAGAAGAUAUCUACUUUAUAUGAGAUCGACACUACUCCUCCUGUGGUGCUACUCAUUGAUCCCAUCACUGGCCAGAAGAUGCGUACGUGGAGCGGUAUGAUUGAAGCUCAUUAUUUUCUCGAGGAUUUGAUGAUUUAUAUUGAUGCUGGUCCUUGCCAACAAAUUGCUUCUCUGACAAGCAACCACGUUGAUCAAGAAAAGGCUAGUUUAUGUUGUUCCUUCGGAUAUCUUAUUGAGCUAGUUUCAGGAUUUUGAACAUUAAAUUGUUGUUGAAAAU